AUGAACGGGCAUCCACCGCCAAAAGCCAACUCACGACGAGUGCCCCCCGAGAAACGGAAGCGCACCGAAACCAGCUGCGACCAGUGCAAGUCUCGCAAGCAGAAAUGCAAGAAGCAGCCCGGUCAGGAAGCGUGCACCUAUUGCAUCAAUCGCAAUAUUGAGUGUCUGACCACUCAACCGCGCAAGAGAAGGAUAUAUGGUACCGUCGAAGGUCUGGGUCAUCGUCUCAUGCUACUGGAAUCUAUUGUCAAGGCACUGUUUCCCGAGGCCGACUUAUCGAGCGUUGAGGACCUGCGCCGUCUGGGAACGUCACUGGGCUUCUCCCUACCCGACCCGGCCAUCGUCGAGCCCAGUAACGGCGACCACAGGAGUAACAGUGGGGCUGAGGCGGAGGAGGCACAUGCUGUGCUUCCCGACCAGCAGGGACAGUCUCAGUACAUCGGGCCUGCCAGCUCAUUUUCGUUCCAUCUCAAACUGCGUGAUCUCGUUGGGGCAAGAGGUCUGCGUGAGUUUGUGCUUUUUGGCCGGAAUGCUGCGGACCGAGAGGCUAUCGCACCGGACGAGGAUGCCAACACAUUGCCUACGCUGGGCCCGUCGGCUCUUAUUGAUCGCAACUCGUCUGCAGUGCAAGGAUCAAUCCCAACCCUGGACGCGCUGCUGGCCGCUUACUUCAAGUUCAUAAACCCGGACUUCCCAGUUCUCCAUGAAACAUCCUUCCGUGAAGCCUAUAAGCGAUGGCUGGCCAACCCCGAUAAGGUGGAUCCCGUCUGGAUGUGUAGCUUCCUUUGUUUACUGCUUCUGGCUCGUCGUGUCGCACAAAUGACAUUCUCGGAAGAUCAAGAACGCUCGUGGUGGCGGCGAGUGCAGUCCCUUCUACCAGUCGUCAUCUUCACCUCCAGCGUUCCUGCGGUGCAGGCUCUGAUGCUCGCUGCGAUACACUUGCACAAUACCAAUCACCGGGAUGCAUGCUGGAAUCUUACGGGAACAGCCAUUCGCAUUGGCGUGGCCAUAGGUUUGCACCAGGACAAGGUCAACCUCUCACGGAUACCCCUUGAGCGCGAGUGGCGCAAACGGAUAUGGUGGACUCUAUAUGCCUUUGAACAAAUGCAGGUGUCUUCCUUUGACCGCCCCAGCGCUAUUGAGCAUACUGCAGCGUCGAAGAUGGAAAGCCCGAGGGAGGAUAUCAUUGAUAUGGGAGAAUACUAUCCGAAAGACUACUGCAAAUGGUUCAAUUCCCUCGUCGUCCACCUUGGCUAUGCUUGCCGUGCACCGAAGAGCACAAAGAUCAACGCAAGCGGAGAAAUGUACGUCGGGCCUCUUUCACCAGCAGCGGGUGUUCUCCGUGAGUUGGAACAGUGGAAAGGUUCCCUUCCGGCGCAUCUCACUGAGGGAGCUGUAGCUACUGAGCAUGUGGCUUUUCAACGCCCACUGCUCUUGUUACAUGCCAUGUACCACUACACCAUCACUCUUCUGUGCCGCUGCGCACUCCUCACCCGCACCACACUUGUAUCAAAAGAAGGGAAAGACUCUUCCAACGUGGCUCUUGUCAGUAUGGCGAACAGCUGCGCAGAUUCCGGCCGUGCUUUGGCGAACAUCCUCAUAAACCUCGACGCAAUCGGGAAAUUUGAUCCUUUCACCUGGUGGGAUGUGUGGUAUGCUCUUGCCUCUGCGUCGGUGCUCCUUUUGGACCUCGUUUGUACAAGGAAACGAACUGGAGAGGAUGUUCCACAGUCCCGGGCGCUCCUCACUCGGUUAGCCAACCUUACUACGGAGCAGAGGCGUAAUCCGCAUAUGCCAGGGACUAUUGAUAAGUGGGCUUCCUUGGUACCAGAACUGUUGUCCAUGGUCGAAUGCAUGGAUACUGCCCUGGGCGCACAACAAGAGGUCGCUCCGUCAUUGACUUCCGUUAAAACAGCCCAAGACGCGCCAUUGAGUCAUCCAGUGCCUUUCCACUCUCCGCCACCGGCCGCCCAGAAUGGGUCUUCCGUUUUCCCCGAGCUCGCUGGUCCCGCCGUACUCCCUCGAGCACCGACCGAUCGUGGUUCACAGAUGAACUUUGUGAAUUUCAACAUUCAUAACAUCUCCGAUUGGAACUGGGCAGACAUUGGGAACUUGUUGGGCGGGCAGGCUCUGCCUCAGGCCCCUGGCUAA